AAAAACCAAAAAGAAACCCUCCCCAAAAAAACAGAGAGAGAGAGCGAGAGAGGGUUGGCCCAGCACGCAAAAUGCUUGCCCUUUGGCUGCACGUGGCCAACCUCAUACUCACGUUAUCGACGUUACUACCACCGACGAGUCUCGCCGCCGCGGCGCGAGUGCACGGCGGCCACCAGACAUGUCCCGCAGGGCAACACCACCACUACCAACAACAACAACAACAACAAGAACAGAAACCUGCCACGUGCAGCAACAACCAAAAUAAUCGGCCAAGAUUCUUCGACGGAGCUUCUGCUCCUCCUCGCGGGGACCGCUACCUCGUCGGCGUCGGCAAGGCGGACAUCACGGGCCCCAUCGUCGAGAUCACGCUCGCCGGGUACGGCAAGUUCGAGCAGGGCGGGACGGGCCUGCGCCAGAGGCUGUACAGCCGCGCCUUCAUCGUCGCCGACGUCGAGGACCCGCGCGACCGCGUCGUCUAUCUCGUGCUCGACGACCUCGCCGGCGACACGGCCGUGCGGUACGGCCUGUUCGAGGCCCUGGCGCGCUUGGGGGGCGAGUACGCGGCCUACUACAACCACAACAAUGUGGCCCUGACGGCGACGCACUCGCAUGCCGGCCCGGGGGCUUGGUUCAACUAUUUCUUGCUGCAGACGCCGACGCUGGGGUUCGACCGCCAGAGCUAUCAGGCUAUCGUGGACGGCGCCGCCUUGUCCAUCAAGAGGGCCCACGAUAGCCUCCAGGAGGGAUAUCUUGAUGUCGGCACCACCGAGAUACGGAAUGCCUCCAUCAACCGCUCGCUCCACGCUUACCUGCAGAACCCCGAGGAUGAGCGAGCGCAGUACCCGGCCUCCGUCGACACCACCAUGACGGUCCUCCGCCUACAGCGCAGCUCCGACGACCGAGCCAUCGGCAUCUUCACCUGGUUCGCGGUCCACGGCACCUCGCUCUACAACAACAACACCCACGUCGCCGGCGACAACAAGGGCGUCGCCGCCUGGAUGUUCGAGAGGGCCAUGGACGCCGACGACUCGGCCGCCGACGGCUUCGUCGCCGGCUUCAGCCAGGCCAACGCCGGCGACGUCUCGCCCAACACCCUGGGUGCCUGGUGCGACGACGGCUCCGGCGUCAUGUGCAGCCUCGACACGAGCGCCUGUCCCAGCGGCCGGACCGACGUGUGCAAGGGGCGGGGCCCAGAGUUCCGCGCGCUCGACAACGGCGUCAAGAGCUGCUUCGAGAUUGGGCGUCGCCAGUUUGCCGGCGCAAAGGAGGUCUAUGACGCCAUGGAGUAUUCCACCAUACCCGUCAGGGGCAGCAUCAAGGCCUUUCACUUCUUCCAGGACAUGACCUACUGGAAAUUCAACCUCCCCGACGACACCGAGGCCACGACGUGCCCGGCCGGCCUCGGAUAUUCCACCGCCGCCGGCACCACCGACGGCGACGGCCUGCACGGCUUCACGCAGGGCAUCACCACGGCGCCCUCCAUGGGCCCGCGCGCCUUCCUCUCCCACCCUCUGAGGAGCCUGUGGUCCGCCCUCUUCAAGCUCCUCAAGCGCCCGUCGGCCGAGCAGAGGCGGUGCCACGGCGCCAAGCCCGUCCUCCUCGACGCCGGCGGCGUCACCUUCCCGUACGCGUGGGAGCCCAACCUCGUCGACAUGCAGAUGCUGCGCAUCGGACAGGUCUUCAUCGCCGUCAGCCCCAGCGAGAUCACCACCAUGGCCGGCCGUCGCUGGAAGGCGGCCAUCGCAGACGAGGCGCGCCGGCUGCUGCUGCUGGAUGCGGGAACGGAGCCCGUCCCGCUCGUCGUCGGCCCAGCCAACACGUAUGCGCACUACGUGACGACGCCCGAGGAGUACGCGGCGCAGCGAUACGAAGGCUCGUCCACCAUGUUUGGGCCCAAUCAGCUCCAGGCCUUCAUCAACCUGACGACGGGCAAUAUGCACCACCUCGCGAGCGAGGCCCCCGACCCCCUGGUCCUGGCCGCGGCUUCGUCGCGCCGCCCCAAGCCCCCCAACCACGUCAACUCGUCCAUCUCACUGUUCCCAGGCGUCUUUUUCGACCGCGCCCCGGCGUCGCGUCCGUUUGGUCACGUCCUCCACCAGCCGCGAGCCGCGUACAAGCGCGGCGAGGUCGUGCGGGCCACGUUCCAGGGUGCAAACCCGCGAAACAACCUACGCCUCGAGGACACAUACCUCGCGCUCGAGAGGGAGGUGUUCCCGGGGCGGUGGGUGCGUGUGCUUGACGACUCGGACUGGUUCCUGCUGUACUCGUGGCGCCGGACAAGCCUCGUCCUGGGAUACAGCGAGGUCGACGUCGCCUGGGAGACGACAAUAGUAGGGGCGACCGAGGGGGACACGGACCUGGAGCCGGGGACCUAUCGGUUCAAAUAUUACGGGGAUGCACAGCGGCUGUUUGGGGGCGUGAACGCCUUCGAGGGGACCACGAACAGCUUCACGUUACAAUGAAAAAAACGUAGAUACUGACUGAAUAGUUCGAGCUCGGCUAGG